AUGGUUGGUGCUGGGUGCCCUGGCUAUGGGAGGAAACGGUUUGAUCGAAGUUUCUUUGAGAGGUUUAGUUUGAGAAAGCAACAACCAGCCCGCGCACAAAGAGAACAAUGCCAAAAUCACAAGCGCAAACUACAAAUGCUCCCCCGGAAUGGGGACACCCCGGUUCCCAACGUCCCUCAACGGCCAAUAGGGCCGCCAUCGGGCACCCAAGUCGCUUCGACAGUGGAGAAUUACAAUUCUCCCAAGGCUUCAGAGUCCAAGGGCCCCUCUCACACAUCCACCACGGCUCACGAUUCGCGACUCUCAUAG